CAGGCUGCCGGAGGGACUCUAUUAUAGAGUAUCCGCCGCAGCGAGCCUGGCUGGGCGUCUCGUGAGUGCGAGAACAGAAGCGCGCCCAGAUCUCAAGUACUCUAGGCUCGGAGAAAGCAAAGGCCACUGGGCCAGAGCUCUCCGCCCUCUCGAGCUCGCCCCAGCCGAGGAGCAGGUGGCAGGCGGAUGGAACGUGGCCACCGCGAGCAUCACUAAGAUCCGGGGCCCUGCGGUUCAAGACAAGGCGUCCAAGCGAAGGUCUUGUGAGGGUUUCGCUUGCUACUUCAUAUUCUCCGCAGGCCUGAAUUUGAAAUAGACCUGUAUUCAUGAAGAGCGACUACAUACAAGCCUCAGUAUGUCAAGAAAAAAGGAAAGAUCCCAUAGAAAUGUUUCAUUCUGGGCAACUUGUGAAAGUCUGUGCCCCGAUGGUUCGCUACUCAAAGUUGGCUUUCAGAACACUAGUGAGAAAAUACAGUUGCGAUCUGUGUUACACACCUAUGAUAGUUGCUGCAGAUUUUGUGAAAUCUAUAAAAGCCAGAGACAGUGAAUUUACCACAAACCAAGGUGAUUGCCCAUUAAUUGUUCAGUUCGCUGCUAAUGAUGCAAGAAUUCUAUCUGAAGCCGCUGGCAUAGUCCAUCCUUAUGCAAACGGAAUUGACAUCAACUGUGGUUGUCCUCAGAGGUGGGCAAUCGGAGAAGGCUAUGGGGCUUGCUUAAUAAACAAGCCAGAACUCAUUCAAGAUAUGGUGAAACAAGUAAGAAAUCAAGUGGACAAUCCCAAAUUCUCAGUUUCCAUUAAGAUAAGGAUCCACAAUGACCUCAUAAGAACCGUAGAUCUUUGUCGAAAGGCUGAAGCCGCGGGCGUGUCCUGGAUUACAGUGCACGGAAGAACUGUUGAAGAAAGACAUCAGCCAGUCCACUAUGAUGCCAUUAAAAUCAUCAAGGAAAGCAUAUCUAUACCUGUAAUUGCUAAUGGAGACAUCAGAACCUUAAAAGACGCAGAAAAUGUGUGGCAGGUUACUGGGACAGAUGGUGUAAAAAAAAAAAUGACAAUCCAGUGGGUGGCGGUGGCAUCUUUCCUUUAUGCUGAAAUAGGACUCAUUUUAAUCUUCUGCCUGCCUUUCAUUCCUCCUCAGAGAUGGCAGAAGAUUUUCUCAUUUAGUGUCUGGGGUAAAAUUGCAAGCUUCUGGAACAAGGCUUUCCUCACCAUUAUAAUCCUAUUGAUUGUUCUGUUUCUAGAUGCAGUGAGAGAAGUACGGAAAUACUCCUCUGCCCAUGCCAUUGAAAAGGGCACAACCACCAAACCUGGGACCUUUGAACAUACACAGAUGAAACUCUUUAGGUCUCAAAGAAAUCUGUACAUCUCUGGAUUUUCAUUGUUUUUUUGGCUAGUGCUGAGACGUCUGGUUACACUUAUAACUCAGCUGGCAAAAGAAAUGUCGAACAAAGGAGUACUUCAAAGUCAAGCCGAAAAUACCAACAAAGCUGCCAAGAAAUUCAUGGAAGAGAAUGAAAAACUGAAAUGGAUCUUGAAAAGCCAUGGCAAGGAUGACGGAAACGUGUUGGAAAAAGAGAACAAAAAACUAGUGGAAGACCAGGCAAAACUGAAAACCGAAUUAAAGAAGACUUCAGAGGCUCUCUCUAAGGCACAAAAUGAUGUUAUCACAAUGAAGAUGCAAGCGGAGAGACUUUCAAAAGAAUAUGAUCAACUCCUGAGAGAACACGCAGAACUUCAGGUCAUGGCCGCGCCAGGCGACAAGUCGGAGCCGCCGCAGCUCUCCGAGUACCACUGCAACUACGUGGUUUCACGCCCGGUCUACAGCGAACUUGCCUUUCAGCAGAAGCAUGAGCGGCGCCUGCAGGAGCGCAGGACACUGCGGGAGAGUCUGGCCAAGAGUUGCAGUUGUUCCAGAAAGAAAGCCUUUGGUAUGCUGAAGACUCUCCUGCCUGUCUUUGAGUGGCUCCCCAAAUAUCGUGUCAAGGACUGGCUGCUGAGUGACAUCAUUUCCGGCAUCAGUACCGGGCUGGUGGCCACGCUGCAAGGGAUGGCGUAUGCUCUGCUUGCGGCGGUUCCUGUUGGAUAUGGUCUCUACUCUGCUUUUUUCCCUAUCCUGACAUACUUUAUUUUUGGAACAUCAAGACACCUCUCAGUUGGACCUUUCCCCGUGGUGAGUUUAAUGGUGGGAUCUGUUGUUCUGAGCAUGGCCCCCGAUGAAGACUUCCUCAUACCCAUGAACGGGACCGCCGCGAACAUCACCGUGGUGGACUCGGCUGCUCGAGACGCAGCACGCGUGUUGGUUGCCAGUGCACUCACUCUGUUGGUUGGAAUCAUCCAGUUGAUAUUUGGAUGUCUGCAAAUUGGAUUCAUCGUGAGGUACUUGGCGGAUCCUUUGGUUGGCGGAUUCACAACGGCUGCUGCCUUCCAGGUGCUGGUCUCGCAGCUGAAGAUCGUCCUCAACGUUCCAACCAAAAACUACAAUGGAAUCCUCUCCAUCAUCUAUACUCUGAUUGAAAUUUUUGAAAACAUUGGUGAUACCAAUAUUGCAGACUUCAUCGCUGGGUUGCUUACCAUUGUCAUCUGCAUGGCAGUGAAGGAACUAAAUGAUCGAUAUAAACACAAGAUCCCCAUCCCGAUUCCUAUAGAAGUAAUUGUGACAAUAAUUGCCACUGCCAUUUCCUAUGGUGCCAACUUAGAAAAAAACUACAAUGCUGGCAUUGUUAAAUCCAUCCCCAGGGGGUUCUUGCCUCCUGCCCUUCCACCAGUAAGCCUGUUUUCUGGGAUGGCGGCAGAGUCGUUUUCUGUCGCUGUGGUGGCUUAUGCGAUUGCAGUGUCUGUAGGAAAAGUCUACGCCACCAAACAUGACUACACCAUCGAUGGGAACCAGGAAUUUAUUGCUUUUGGAAUCAGCAACAUCUUCUCGGGCUGCUUCUCAUGUUUUGUUGCCACCACGGCCUUGUCUCGCACGGCUGUCCAGGAGAGUACUGGGGGAAAGACACAGGUAGCUGGCAUCAUAUCGGCUGUGGUCGUGAUGAUCGCCAUUGUUGCCCUGGGGAAGCUUCUGGAACCUUUGCAGAAGUCAGUCCUGGCAGCCGUUGUCAUUGCCAACUUGAAAGGGAUGUUUAUGCAGGUGUGUGAUGUUCCUCGCCUGUGGAGGCAAAACAAGACUGACGCUGUUAUCUGGGUGUUUACUUGCGUGGUAUCCAUCAUUCUGGGGCUGGAUCUCGGUUUACUGGCUGGCCUUGUAUUUGCACUACUGACUGUGGUCUUGAGAGUUCAGUUUCCUUCAUGGAAUGGCCUUGGAAGCAUCCCUAGCACAGACAUAUACAAAAGCACCAAGGAUUACAAAAAUAUUGAAGAACCUGAAGGAGUGAAAAUUCUUAGAUUUUCUAGUCCGAUUUUCUACGGCAAUGUUGAUGGUUUUAAAAAAUGCAUCAAGUCCACCGUUGGGUUUGACGCCAUUCGAGUAUAUAAUAAGAGGCUGAAGGCAUUGAGAAGAAUACAAAAACUCAUCAAAAAAGGACAAUUAAGGGCAACAAAGAAUGGCAUCAUAAGUGAUGGCUCACCAAAUAAUGCUUUUGAGCCUGAUGAAGAUAUUGAAGAUUUCGAAGAACUUGAUGUCCCAACCAAGGAAAUUGAGGUUCAAGUGGAUUGGAACUCUGAGCUUCCUGUUAAAGUGAAUGUUCCCAAAGUGCCAAUCCACAGCCUCGUGCUGGAUUGUGGAGCGAUCUCCUUCCUGGAUGUUGUUGGAGUGAGGUCACUGAAAAUGAUUGUCAAAGAAUUCCAAAGAAUCGAUGUGAAUGUAUACUUUGCAUCACUUCAAGAUCAUGUGCUAGAAAAGCUGGAACAAUGUGGCUUCUUUGAUGACCACGUGAAAAUGGACACGUUCUUCUUGACUGUCCACGAUGCUAUACUCUAUCUACAGAACCAGGGGAAAUCCCAGGAGGGUCAAGAUUCCAUUUUAGAAAAGAUCACCCUCAUUCAGGACUGUAAAGACCCUCUUGAACUAAUGGAAGCGGAGCUGGUUGAAGAAGAACUUGACGUCCAGGAUGAGGCUAUUCGCAGACUUGCUUCCUGAGGGCAGGACCAGAAGGACCAUCAGCAAGCACUGCAAGACGGGGCUCACCUGCCAAUGCCAGGCUAUGCCAGCAUUUCUGCCUUGACUAUUUCUUUGGACCGGAAACACUCAUCCUUUUCUAUUACAUUUUUUUUUAAAUUAAUGUGUUUUUUGGAGCUCAGCUAUCGAAAAAGAGGCAUCUAUGCUUGUUUCUUAGGCUUCCUUUAUAAAACGAACAGCAUAUCUCUAAAAUAUGUAAAAUGACUGAAGAGAAAUUAUCCAGCCAGGAAAUGAUGUCCAGGACCCACUGACAGUCGUAAUAAGGUGGCUGGUGACCCUGGACAGAUUUACUAACACUGUUCACAUGGGUACUGAUGGUUUUCUGUGGAGUUGGAAUAAGGGCUGAGCCAACGGCCUCUGUGGCCAGGUGAGUCAGGAGUGAUGACCCACUGACCUUGAUGUCCAUGAGCUGCACUGAUGCCAGAGCAAUAUC